UCCAUUUCCGCGUUCCUCGUCUCUCUGUCGGCCAGCCUGGCUUAACGGCCGCGCGCCACAUCCCGGCUCAACUCGGCGGCCAUGGAGAUGGAGGCGAACGGAGGCGGCGACGGGCUGGAGCACGAGCUAGGCAUGGUGGUGUUGCCCACCGGAUGGGUGGCAUGGGUCCCUGCUCAGGCCGUGGCGGGAGGAAUGGCCGCCAUAGCCGCGGCGAUGGCGCAGAACGGGUGGAUUCCCGCCGAGGCCGCGGCGCGGACCGGAUGGGUGCCCCGGCCGGACUUGCUGGUCAUGGGCGGAGAGGAGGCGCGGGCCCUGGCGCAGCAGCACGGGUGGAUCAGCCCGGGCGCGCGGCUCCACCGUAUCCCGGCCGCAGCCCGGCGGAAUGUACCGGACAACAUGGAGGCGUACUACGCGUCCAUGGGCAACCCCGCCCUCUACCUCGCCUUGCUCUGCCUGCCGGCCCAAGAGAUCGCCCGCUGCCGCUCCGUCUGCUGGGCGUGGCGCGCCAUCAUCGGCAGCGGCGCCUUCCGCCGCCACCACCACGACCACCACUUCCGGACGCCCAUGCCGCUCCUCUUCUUCCUGGACCCCAGCCUCGCCGGCCUCAACCUCAGCGCCGUCGACGCCCGCGACCGCGUGCCCCGCCCGGUACUCCGCUUCCACCGCCCCCUCAACAACGAGGUGUUGAGGGUCCACGGCUCAUGCGACGGCAUCCUCCUCCUCUCCUCCGGCCGCAGGCUCUACGUCUGCAACCCCUGCACGCGCCGCUGGGCGCGCCUCCCGCAUCUCCACGUCGACCACGACAUCGUCGGCUUCUACGUCAUCACCGGCCCCGGCGGAGAUUCCGAGUGCAACGUGCUGUACCACACCCGCCGCAUGUUGCCUAACUGCCAGUACUGGAUCGUCACGCUGGGCAGGGACGGAUGGACGUGCGACACCAUCGGUCGUCCGGGCCCCGACUUGCCUUCCGACGAGCUUGAUCUUGUGCUGGCCAAAGGGAUCGUUCCAUCCUACAAGAUCCCUCCCGUCUUCAUCCUCGGCUCGCUCUACUGGCCGCCCAAGGCUGCCCAGGUCCAGAGCAACACCGACCUACUCGUGUUCGACACCGCCGCCGAGACCUUCUCCUUGUUCACUCCCCCAAGCAUCCAAGUGGGCGGCGAGGCCGUUCCCGUCGUGGCCCGCCAGCUCUUCGAGAUCGACGGACGCCUCGCCAUGACCGCCAUCUCCUUCUACCCGCCAACAGUCGACGUUUGGGUCGAAAGCCACAGCACCACCGAGCUCUGGAGCCACCGGUACAGCAUCCGUGUGCCGGUGGACGAGAUCAGCCUCAACGACAGCUGCCAUCACAACGGCAGCGUCUUCGCCCUAGCCCAGGACCGACAUGAUCUGGUGCAGUGCCCGCGCGUCCUGCUGCACUGCGACGCCCAAGGGGCCGUGCUCCAGAGCUACCGUCCCACUCCCCAGCUUCCUCACCACUGGACCGCCCUCUCCGGACACACCAUCCAAGAAAGCCUCCUUCAACAUCACCGCAUGCUCCGGAUGCGGGACGCGGAUGCUGUUGACGGUGACCCGCCUUUCUUCUGAACCUCCGUCCGUCGUCUUCCCAUGGUGAGUGCUGACCUGCGAUUUUUGUCCUACCAUCAACACAGCGAAUGAUCAUGGUUGUUGAACUGUGGGAAUAACUGUGACUUUUCUGAUUUCUGUUAGUACUUGCUUAUGAGAUUCUUUCAACUCUGGAUGAGUAUUAUCAGGUCUGAAAAGUUCUCCAGUACCUGUAAUGAUGUUUGAGAUUUUUCAGAAAUGCGUCAAACCUUGAAUUGCUUGCAAAGCCUAUA